GGUAUUUACAAAAUGGCGUCCAAAGCAACCACUGUUCUGAAAACAUGAAUUGCAUUUAAAGUACUGACUCCCCUAUUGGAGUUAUCUUGGGUUAGAUGACACAAGAACUUAGCUACAUGCAGCUUAAGACUGCCAAUGAUGCACGAGAAGCGGUAAAUUUUACUGAAAUGGUCUUUAUUUCUUUUCACCGGGCAAAAUGUUGACAUCCAGAUCGUUUUAAUAUCGUUGUUUCUUGUGUUCAUCCAAUUAAGGAGGAGCAAAGAUUGGAGCAGCGUAAAAGGACGCUAUUGAUACUUAUCCUUGAUUAUUUAAGGGAAGAAGGGUACGUAUAGACUAUUUAUAGUAAAUAUUAUCUCAUUUCAUUACCUUUGCUUUUAAUUUUGGUUGCCACCACGUGACAAGACUUCCAGGCUGCAGGUGGGUUGACAAAACAAUGCAAUUUUUUUUUUUCGCAAAAUUUGUAUGAAAAAGAGUGUUAAGUUUUCAAAUUAGGGAAAUCCUUCUUUUUGUUUCGCCAGCCAACUAGGCCACGGUAACACCAGAUGGAUAGCAUCAAUUGAGGAAUCAGUAUUUGUACCCUGGGUGUACUCCCUUAUAUGGCCUAUACGGGGAUGUGCAGCGGGAUGGGGUAUGGGUUUUGUCCUCUCUGUCCUAAACAGGGUAAAUAUUUUUGGGCGAGUCUGUCCUAAUUAUAAACUGAGUAUUGCCUGCACGAUUGAUUUGAUUUGCUCAAUGGCAUUUGUUUGUACUCCAAGGUAGUAUACAGAAACAAUGACUGUAAUGUGAAUUUGCUCCAUUGCAAUUUCCAAUAGACUUUAAAACAAGACUUCUUCUAUACUGUCUCUUUUUCUAAACAGGGUAAUAAAAUUAGGGGGAAUGUCCUAAGCAGGUUGUGUAUAAUAGGAAAUUUUUGUCCUAAACGAGGUCAAGAUUUCAAACCCUCAGCAACUCACCUAUACCCAAAUAUUGGUGGAGCAACCCCCUCCUGGGAUUUGCACGACUAACAGUUGGUAAGCUUGCCUCUGGAUUCCCCCACGGGUGGCUUGGUUUAACUGCAUUUAAAUGCAAUUUCAAGGAGUUAACAACUUAGAGCAUCUUUAGUGCCAGAGGUCAGCAAUCUUUUGGCAUGUGCAUGCCCAGUACUAAGCUUGCUACAUUGAUAAUGUGAUUCAGUGGCACGUAGAGUUUUCCCUUAUGCUGUGUUGUUUAUCCUACGAGGUUCUUUCACCCAUUUUCGCCUCCCUUCUCACUCUGCCUGUGGUUCUUUCUUCAUUGAUAUUUUUAAGUGUGAUGGGUGCCUGUCGCACUGUUGCACUGUCGUCCCAGCGAUGGGGGCAUUAUUUCAAACUAGGAUGGAAGCCCCUGAAUACUCCAGGCACCCAACUUCCAUUUAGUGAUGUAUUAAUUUGUUAAUGGUACAAUAAGGUGGAUUAUGGUUGGGUAUAUUCAAGUUACCAGGCCCCCAAAUUUGGACCUCUUUGUAGAAGGAUUUGUCACAUCAAAAGAAUAGUUUGUUUCAUAAAGUUUUGAAUUUUCAUUAUUUUUAGUACGGUGUUAUUCUGCUAUGUGUCAUACUAUACAAAUUAUUUUUCUUUUUAACAUUAAUUAUUUUCAUCAUUUUCUAGGAAUUUUUUUCGGCUCUUCAGGCCUCAGUUUGGUCUAUAGAUAAGAGGGGGGGGGCAGGCCCCCCUGACCCCUCCCCUAGAUCCGCCACUGAAUUGUACAUUAGAUAUUAGGGAAAGAGGAAAGUGGCCACUGGAUAUGCAUGUGGUGUUGCCUGGUGGCUGUACAUGUAAAGUUGACACCAAUUUUAUUUUUUUUUGGGGGGGGGGGGUCCUUUUAAGUAGCAGUUUUAUGAGGGUACCGUUGGUGUGCUUUGAUUCGUCAUUUUUCAUUGUUAUAUCUACCUGUGUAAUGUUAGUGUAAUUUGUCAGUUCUGUCUUUUUUCUUUUUUUUUCUUUUUUUGUAGAUACAUCGAUUCAGCACAUGCUUUAGAAAAAGAAGGAGGAACCAGUUUGACUAAAUUUGAAGUGUGUGACAAUGUUGACUUACCCACUAUUUUACAGGUACAUGUACAAUGAAUUGUUUUUUUUUUCAUUUUCUACUUAGACUUUCUUUGCUUCACACUUUACCCUCCUAUGUAGCAUUUUUUCUUUUGUUGUUGUUAUUGUCUGUUUGUUUGUUUGUUUUUUCACACAUUCUUUCAGAAGCCUUUAAGUGACCAUGGCAUUUUGCCUUUAAUUUAUUGUUUCGUUUUCUUGAGAAAACUUAUCAUAGCAGUAAUAUUGUAAUGAUGAUGAUGAUGAUGAUUGUUAUUAUUAUUAUUAUUGUUAAUAUUAAUAUUACUACAUGUACAUGUAUUUUAUUGCACUCUGAAAACCAGGAAGAAAAAAAAAGGAAAUUUGGUUUAACCUGAGUUAUUAGAUAUAUCUCCAGCAUGUGUAUAAUGUCUAGUAUAACUGUAUGUUACUCUUGUUUCCCAGGAAUUUGAGUCCUACCAUUUUGUUAAGUUCAAUCGUCCACCAAAAAUUAUCAAAAAGAAGGUGACUAGUGGUAAGUUAAUUGCAACAAAUUUAAAUUAAUAUGAUGUGUUAAGUGAAACCUUGGGAAAAGUUAGCUUCUAGAUUCCUUAUUAGUAUUUUACAUUAUUAACUGAUUAUUGUUCCCUGUGUCAAUUUCUCAGUUUUUGUUUGGAAAUUAAGCAACUAACAUAAUACUGCUACAAGUCAUUGUGUAUUCGAGUAGAAAAAUUAUAAGAUGCAUACAUCAUGGUUGGUUUGUGUGGUUUUUGGUGUUAGUACAGUAUGCAAUCUAUUUUUUUAAGAAAUAACUGUAAGAAAUUAAACAGUAGCAGGUGUAUUCAGGGUAAGUGAUGAACAGCCAUUCAGUGGUUUGAUCAACAGACUCACUUACAGAAUACUGUAAAAUUCCGAAAAUAAGCCCCUCCGUGUAUUAGCCCCUCCAAAUAUAAGCCCCCCAAUCCAGUAAUGCAAUAAACCCUCCGUUAAAUCGCCCCUCCAAAUAUAAGCUCCCCGGGGGCUUGUACUUGAAAAAUUGCCCUCAAAUACAAAGUAAAACAAAGCAAAAACGGUAAAUUUACUUCCAACUAUGAGGCUAGCCCAAUUGAUUUUGAAACGCAACUUUCCCUCCGUAGAUAAGCCCCUCCAAAAAUAAGCCCCUCAAAAAGGGCCUUUGAAAAGUAUAAGCCCCAGGGCUUAUUUUCGGAAUUUUACGGUAUUGUUUUUACUUUUUUUGCCUUUCUUUUUUGCUAAUAAACCAAAAACGAACAUUAAUUUUUUUUGACUUUGAUUUCAGCUGAUUCAUCCAGGGCAUUGCCUCCAAAAGCAAAGUCCUUGUCAAGGUAGUGCAAUGCAUUAUUUGUCGGCAAAUCAUUUUUUUUUUUUAAUUUUUUUUUUGUCAUCAUAUAUUGUUCCAGAAUGAGAAAAUUACAUAGAACAGAAUCAACAACAAGAAGUCCAGAAAAAAAUCUGAACGAUAAGUAAACUUUACUAAUACUUUACUGUCCUUUUCCUUAGUUCACGAAAUAGCUCAGUAUCUUUACCAAGUAUCAAUGGCCAAUCAGGAACAGAGAACUUAAUGUCAUCAAGUUCAUCCAAGAGGCCAAGCAGUGAUGGCAAAAGAAAAACAACUGCAAGCUCAAAACAGAAGAUAAAUAGAGUGAGUGAGUUUCUCUUUAAGAGUCAUAGUCAUCGAGUCAUCAUACACUGUAGUCAUCAUAGUCAUCAAGUGUUCAUAGCCAAUAACAUCACGGCUUCAUUGACAGUCAUCCAUAACAUUGUGACUUAACUUACCAAUCAGGUCAAUAACCAGAGUUUGAUACCAUCAACUGAUGUGAUACAACUCACUUUGACUCGGAAGAUGACUACCCCAAAGGUUGUCCAAACGUCAGUCACUGUCAACAACAGUCCUAUUCAGGACUACAUUCAUUUGGACAAUCAUACUCAACCUACUUACAUUGUCUGAAAUAACUCCUGGGUUCAAGCCUUUCACAGUUUUUUCUUUGUUGUGUUAAUUUAUAGAAGAACAGCUCACCUCCUGAAAGAAGCAGUCCAACAGUGGCAUCAUCUGAUCUGAACCUGGCAGGCACUUCAAUAACAAACACUACAGCUAAAACUCAUCCCAGCAACCAAGUCACACAUGGAAAGGUACAAUGUACAUGUAAUUUACUGUAAUUUAUUUAAGUAGUAUGUUUAACUUCAUGUUAAAGUUCAAUAUUUUAUCAGCUGUUACAGUGGCCGUAAAUACAGUAUAUUGAUGAUAUAACUUACAGGUUAUUAUGUUGAGGAAAUGGGGGGCUGUGUCCUCCAUAUUUGAGCACUAAAUGUUCCCACUAUCAGCCUUGAAAGCCUGGAACAUGCUACCAAAUCCUACAGUUGGUCAUUUUGUUCUUUUAGUCUAAUCUUCCACUUCAAAUUGUGCUCAAAUUGUCUUAAACUGUGUGUCCUGGUGGCCUCUCUGGUAGUGUGGACAGUUUAUUUUCUGUAUCAAUAAACCUACUUUAGUCUCUGACUGACAUUUAGUUUGGUUGUGUUUUUUAGAAUGUCAUAAUUGACAUGAGAGCUAUGCUCAACAAUGCAGUUAAAGGAGACUAUAAUGCAGAAACAGACCCAUCAGUAAGUAGAUAUUAAGUACCUGAUCAAAAUUAAUAAGGUCUCUUGUCUUAAACAGGGUAGGAAAUGAACAAUUUUUGUCUUAAACACGAUCAGGGUUUGAAGGCAUUGAUCUCCCCGGAUCAAAGCUAGUGCGGCCAAAGAGUGCUUGGUCAAUCACCAAAUGAAUAAAGAUUUGGAAUAGGAACCUCGUAAAAUAUCACAAAAUUAAUGCUUUUGCUACAAGCUAAUCAACUCUCAUACAAUGGCCUACAUGUACACUCUACAUGUAUGUCACCAACCUUUCAGCAGUUUACUCUAGGAUAGGGUAUAUAAAUGAGAGCGUUUGGGUCUAGAAUAGGGUAUCAUUUCUCAGGAAACUGAUCAGUUGGUUGAAUAUUUUAUCUAGACUAGGGAAACAGCUACUCUAGGAUAGGGGGGAUUUGGGGAGUUUACUCUAGUAUAGGGUAGCAAAAUUCAGCUGAACUAGCUCUGGUAUAGGUUAAGGGUUCCAGGGUCCCAGCGGCACAUCCCCACCCAGAAAUUCCUAAAGUACCCCCGGGGUGCAAAGAAAGUCAGUUUUACAGCUUGCCAUUCGGGCAAGCUGUUGCUAGCAUUUACAAGCCCAAAAUUCAUUUCAACUAGCCCCAAAAACUUUUUAAUAAGCAAAAUUGAUUACACAAUUUUUCUGUAAUUUGAAUUCCUCAAAAAAUAUCACUUGCCCAUCGGGCAAGUAAAGAACAGAAUUCACUAGCCUGAUAGCAAAAUCCACUAGUCCUGGGCUAUUGGACACUACUUUCUUUGCACACUGGCUCCACUCCAUAUGAAUGACUGCUUUCUGUCAUUGAUCAUUAUGUGAUUGUUUAAGAAGGAAAUGUGCAUGAAACGUCCAAAGUGCAUUAUACCAAUUUUUAGCUCAUUUAUUUUAUGCUGACUGUGGAACUCACCCAAUUGCCUUAACUGGCAGCAAAAGCGUUCUAAAAAUAUACCGGUCUUUGAAAACAGCGCAACGCGAAAUUCAUGGAGGUUGCUCACUCCUGUUUAUUGGCUCCUGGAAUUGGAAGUAUAUAUAUACGAACCAAUCGGGACUCAAGUAUCUAUUAAACACGUGCAGUGUCACGUGUAAUGGUCAUGAUGGGUCUCAAGAAUUCUAAUUGGUCAAGAAAGGUGCAAGUUAUUCGGGCCAAUAACAGGGCUGUGAACUUCAAACUGUAAAACUACGUGUAAUUUUAAUACUCACUGAAAACUGCCAGUGCACUAAUUUAAUAUUAUUUCUGCUGUCUGUAUCAGGAGCGGCUUCUAAAGCCUCUUGGUGGAUUUGCUGGACUGACUGGAGAGUGGAGAGAUUUAGCAGCUGUCAUCAGUAGGGUACUUUGAUCUCUUUCUUAAUUAAAGCAGACUUUAAAAGACAACUUUGUGAGUUGAUGCAGUUUGAAACAGGCCAGUUUCGAAUUAUUAAAAUUCUUGCUUGUUUUUGAGGCUGAGUGUUAUAAUGAGACAAUGAAAAUAAUGGCUUGAAGAUGGAGGGAUUUAUGUUUCACUUCCUCUCUUUUAUUUCCUCUCAGCCUUGAAGCUAAGUAUGAAUUUUGAUCAUUCGAAACUGGUCUGUCAGGAAAGGUCUUGUCAAUUAACAGUACACCGCAACACUGAGUAUAUGUGUGCCUAUCACUAAUAAUGCGAUUAAUAAUAUUGUAGUAAGAUUCUUUCCCCACAUACUGUCCGGCUGCCAAAACCCAAAAGAAAAAUCUUUUGCAAUUGUUUGUUUUGUCUGUUUGUUUGUUUGUUUGUGUUUUACACAAAGUUGGUCAUACUUUGACAGUUCUUUGGUCAUUGCCUACAGCUGAAGUCGUAGAAAAUGUUCUUAUACACUACACACCUGGAAAACGUGAACCAUAGAUACAAUGCAGUCUAUGGUAAAAAAAUCUAAGAUUGCAUUUACGUAGGUAGAUAAAAAGGGUGACCUGUUACUAGUGUCUUCUUUAACUGACUGUUGUUUAUCAGGAUAUUUACCUUCAUAACCCUGACGUCAGAUGGGAUGACAUUAUCGGUUUGGACGCCGCGAAAAGGCUUGUAAAGGAAGCAGUCGUUUACCCUAUCAAGGUGCGUUUUCUAUGCUACAUGUAUAAUGAGUCUUCGGUCAGUUAGACUCUUCAACAGAAAUGAGCGUGGGGGAGGUGCCCGUGUGGCUGGUGGAACCCCGAACUGCAGCCGAGUGCAAUGUGUAACCCAGACAACCCUUAUCAUCUACAUACCGUAGUGGUGGGGGCGGGAGGGGGGAGGUAGGGAGCAGAAAAAAAAUAAUUGCAAUCACGAGUCACAAAAGGCAACGAGGCCUGACUUCAGGAGAAAGGCUUUAAAAACCAAUGAGAUCCUGCGGCGCGAUGAGGGCGUACCUGCAUAUCUCCGAUAAGAGAGCCAUGUCUCGAUUUUAAUUUAGCCUAAAUUUCAUUAAGCCGCAUUUUUUAUUUGCCGUAUUAGUCAGAAUGGGGUUGUCGAGAUUUUGUUGUAAUCUUUGUCUUUGGUUUUCAGUAUCCUCAACUAUUCACCGGUAUUUUGUCUCCAUGGAAGGGUCUUUUACUGUAUGGACCUCCAGGUAAGGUUUGACUUCUCUCAAGUUACGUCAACAGGUUCACGACUAAAUAAUUUCCCACCCAGCCGGGAAAUCUGCAUUGUGACUAAAUCCUGGCAAUUUAAAGUCACAAGUACCAUUUUCUGACCGGUUUCCUGUGACAUAGUCGAAGUUGAAGCUAAAAAGUGCCGGUUUUUGGGCCUUUUCAAGUUGAGACCCGCUACCACACCAACUGUUUAAUUCUAAACAACUACACAUGUCACGUUUAACUUAGCCUCAAAAAAUGCCAAAAGAGAGUAGAAAACUUUUCAUUUCAAAUCUACUUCCAGUCCAUUGCAUACGUUAUUAUUCCUUCCAACGUUUUUGGAGACUGUUUUAUCACUAUACAUGCCUUGUUGCCAUUUAUCAAAGGCACUGGGAAGACAUUAUUGGCUAAAGCAGUGGCUACCGAAUGCAAGACAACCUUCUUCAACAUUUCGGCGUCUUCUAUAGUCAGCAAAUGGAGAGGGGACUCAGAGAAACUUGUCAGGGUAUGUAUAUAUUUCUUGUACUAUGUAUUACGCAAAUUGUAUCAAUAUUAAUACAUCGUUGUCCGCCACGUUGUAGCCUUCAUCGCAGACGUAAUUAACGUCUGCGGAGCAGCGCCGAAAGGCUUGUUCUGGAACCCCAACGAGCUCAACGAAUUACAGGAAAUGCGUUUCGAAUUUCGUUUUAACCUGACUAGCAAAUCCACGAUGGCUUUUUUAACUGGCCAAGCAUGGCGCGUAUUCAAAUCCUUGUACACAAGUGGGACCCAGAACAAGGAUUUUGAUGCUGUUUCGCAGACGGACUCAACCAAAAGUUUAGUUCCGUCUGUGUUGCAGGCUACAUUGUUGCGGCUACUAUUGAUGACAAUUGCAUUAAUUGGUGAAUGAUGAUGAUGAUGAUGAUCACGAGUGUCCAUCACGAGGAUGAGGACUAAGAUAACGAUUGUGAUGAAGACAUGAAGGUGGAGGCAGAGGAUUAAAAAUAUGACGAUGAAGAUAAGGAAAAGGAGGAGGAGGUGGAGAAGGGAAAGAUGGCAUAGGAUACGGUGGCGAGGCGGUGGCAGAUGAGAUUGAAAAUGUUGAAGAUGGUGAUGAUGAUGACGACGACGACGACGAUGAUGAUGAUGAUGAUGGUGGUGGUGGUGGUGGUGGCGUAGAAAGCUUCCGUGAACGAUUUUGGAAGAAGAGUUCCCAGUGCCGAAAACUACUGCUGCAAGUAAAAUAGGCAAUGGCGUCAUUUCGUUGCUAUGACAACUCCGAUGUCAUUGCAAUUCUGAUCAUGACAAAUUUUUAUCUUUAUCUAAUACAAUUUUGGUGGAAUUUUUCCCAAAUCUUUGUUUAUGGUGACGUAGUGUAUACUCAAGCUUAGAAGGUAUUGACCCUGAAAAACUGUGGUAUUGAGCCACCUUAUCUAAGAGGAGGUGGUGGAGGACGCCGGAGAGGAAGAUAGUGAUGUUGAUGAUGAUAAUAAGGAUGUUGUUGAUGGUAGUGUUGUGAAGGAGAAAGAGAAAGAUGAAAAUGAAGAUGGUGAAGAAGGUGGAUAUUGACAAUUAGUAAAAUCCAACUAGUGGUCUAUUAUCAAUGCUACGUUCCGAUUGGUGGAGCUACUACGAGGCUAUAUGUUAUAACCCACUGUUAGCGAAAAGCGCCGGCUUUGAAAACCAAAACAAUGGCGGCUGAAUCGCGUUUUGCUAGCUAAAGUUGUUUUGUCUCGAUAUUUUUGACCAACUAUUUGGAUUUUACUACAACAAUUAUUUCUCUCGCCCUCAUUGCUUCUUAGUCAAUAGCCCUAUUUACUCAGAGCCCAUUCGGCCUCGAGGAAUAAUUGUUAAUUAUGGCAAAAGUGAAGAUGACGAUGAUGAUAGUGAUAACGCGGUGAAGGUGGAUGAGGAAGAUGAGAAUGAAGAUGCUGAAGUGAAUAGCAAUGGUACUGGUGAUGAUUAUGUGGACACUGAUAAUGACGACGAUGAUCAUGAUUAUCAUGCUUAUGAUCAAGAGAAUGUCCAAUAUACAGCCAAAAUCGGUUUUCCUCCUGUGUCCUUUGCAGGUUUUAUUUGAGCUCGCCCGCUUCCACGCGCCCUCCACAAUAUUCCUUGACGAACUGGAGUCCUUGAUGAGUCAGAGAGGAACAGGAGGAGGAGGGUAAGCAACCACUCCUCGUCAUCUUAUUUUAGAAAGCGUAAGAUCCAACCUGGAAACCAUCACAAAAUAAAAAAAGUGGAGUCCACCCUGGAAACCAUCACAAAAUACAGUUGAACCUCUCCACAACGGCCACCUUGGAAACAGAGGAAAGUGGCCGCUGUAGAGAGGUUUUAACAAGAGUCAACGUAUGACUGUCCGCCAAAAAUAAGUAGCCGUUGUGGAGAGGUUUAAACAAGAGUCAGUGUAUGGACUGUCCGCCAAAAAUAAGUGGCCGUUGUAGAGAGGUGGUCGUAAGUGGAGGUUCGACUGUAAAGAAAAAAGGGCUGUGAACAGUCUGCCACGUAAAAUGCAGUCUCAUUCCCAGGGCUCCCUCUCCUACUCUUCCUUUUGGGUAGGAAGGUAAAAGACCAUGGUAACGAUUUCAGGGCGGAAAAACGUAAUGAGCAUGCGUGAACUUUUUCGCCCAGAUCCCCUGGCCGGGCUUGAUUAAAAAGGCGGGAUUUCAAAUAUCUUAUUGCCUAAAAAUAAAAUGUUCCACUCAUAGCCUGGAAAGAACAGGCAAUUUGUCUUCAAAAGUUGCAAGCUGUGAUCAUAACCUUGUAGUUACUUCAUUUUCUCGAAGAAUAACUCAUAGUAAAACGGGCUUUAACGACUUUAAUUUCCUUGCGUUGUACUGAAAGUGUGCAUGCGUAGGUCCGAUUUUUUUCGAGAUGCAUUCACAAAAUGUAUUCAUAUAAGGAAGUUCCUGGAUAUAUAAGGUCCAGAGUUCCUCUGUGGACACAAAAACAACAUAUCUUUGGACAGUGAUUUGCCCAAAAAAAUUAACGCUUGCCCACAAUGUGUUUGAAGUCACUGAACUUUGUCGCACUCGAGCUGAUAUUUUAAAACCCUCGCUCGAUCGGACACUCGUAGUUUCGCAGAUCACUAAAAUAUAAACAAAAUCCUCAAUGUAGAAGUUAUUGCGUUAAUAUGUGGGCAGAAAAAAGGUCAAUGUUUAUCUUGUAAAAUCUUUCCAAAAAUCGGUUUCAAAGCAACUAUAGUUUUUUAAACUUGCUCGUUUCGCAUAGAUAUAUAAAUUUUGCUUUGUGUUGUCAAGUUGAACACGCAUAACAUAAAUUAAACUCAGCCGAUCAUUAGAAAAUACAGAAAAUUGCACAUAGGGGUUUGUUUUGCUCGCCUCAGUCAAAUCAAGCUGGAGCAAUUGUUUACAGAAAAAGAGUCAAUUGUUUUGAAGUCCCUGCCGGCAGUUCUCUACUUCACAGCGAGUGAAAAGGACAAUUUGCGUACAGAAAUUGAAAGUUAUUCUUAUAAAGAACAGAAACCUUCACAGUGCACUGGAAAACAAAACUAUGUGAUGAAAAAUGAAAAAAACUCUGUCUAUUAUUACUUGAGCAAGCUUUGAGAAAAAUGAUCUUGAGUAAGCUUGCUGGCCUUCUAUUUCCGAGAAAGUUUAAUAAGCGCACAAGUUUGUUCACUCUGAUGCGUUAUAACAGCAAUAUGGUUCUUCGACUGAAGACAAAGAUAAAGCUGGUUCUGCAAAGGUAAUAAAUCUGGGCAUGUAAAAAACAGUAACCGUAACUCAACAGAAUACACACUGAGAAUACAAGCGGGUUUUAAUUCAACCCGGCGAAAUCAACUCAUAAAUUAAUCGGAUGCACAAUCAGAAAAAUACUCGUCUCUUAAGAAAUGUUCAAAACCUUUUAUUCCACCUCAGACUGACGGAAUGAUCCGUUUGUCCUUUAACAUUGGUUGUUCUGAAUCCAAAGUAAUUUUCAAGCGACGAAAAAAAAGCAAACAUGUCAAAUAAAAAAGCUUUACAAGGAGGUAACGAUCGCACCUCGUGCAUUUCACUCAGAACUCCAGUAACAAACAAACACAGUCAACACCAGGUCAACACAAGUCAAGACACAGAAAAGCCCGCCUUGAGCCUGCGAUAAGGGAUGCGCAGAAGCUUGCGCAGAACGUUUUUCCGCCCUGAAGGUAACGAUAGAGGCAGUAAUCUGGCACCCAGAUCUCACUCUGUCUUACACUGGGAGAUCUGGGUACGAGAUUAGGGAAUCAUGAUAAUUAUGUAAUGAUUUACGCACACAAUUCAAUAACUCCAGGCUCAGUUGUUCGAAAGAUGGAUAGCGCUAUCCAGUGGAAAAAUCUCGAUCCAGUAGAUAACGUAUUAGGUUUCCCUAAUACGUAUCCGCUGGAUGGUGAUUUAUCAAUUUGAUAACACUAUCUGACGUCUGAACAACCCGGGCCAGGGAAUUUUUUCGUGGGGAUGACAGUGACUGAAUAAAAAGCUCUUGUGUAAUAUGUUUGCGUUGAAGGAGCGAGCACGAGGGAAGCAAACGCAUGAAAACAGAGCUGUUAGUACAGAUGGAUGGAUUAGCGAGAUCAGAUGAUCUAGUGUUUCUUUUGGCUGCCUCCAACUUACCUUGGUAAAGUAUCAUUGAUUUAUUUCCAAUUUCCUAAACUUUUUAUGCUAAAUAGAUAAGGAAAUAAUAGUAAUUAAAAAAAAAUCUUCCAUAAAACGUUUACCACUGUCAAACCUUACGAAAGGUGAAAAUAGUACCAUUGAAAAUUACUGCAUAAAGGUUGUUCGAAUACGCAGUCUUUUUUUAUUUAUUCAGAACUUUAAACUCGCCAGUUGUUCAUUUUAACUGAUCCGAGACAAUUGUGUUUUUUCCUAUCUAAAUGUACAUGAAAAGUCACCCCUCCUCAAACUUCUUGUCUCAUAUUGGAGGCCCUGCCAGGGUAAAUUCCGACAAGCGACAUGACCCAAAAAGUCGCGACAGAGGGUAAAAUGAAAUCGCGACAAGAGACAACCUCCCUCGGCCAAAUUGCGACAGUGACGGUAAAGCCGAGAAUAAGCGACAAAGAACGGUGGUUUGGCUAAUUUAUCACCAGUUCUGAAUGCCAAGAAGAAGUAAUUUUCGUCAAUUUGUAGUUGUUUAUCGAUGUAUAGGUGUUCGAUACGCGAAAUGUCAACUGAGAAUUGUAGAACUGUAAUAUUUUCUUUACAACGUAUCGCUAUUCCCCUUUUCUAAAAUUCCGACAAAGAUAAAGAAUUUUCGUACAAUUUCCUACAGGGACGUGAAGCAUUAAUAAACACCGAUAGGAGACGUUUUAAAAUUCAGACGAGCGACAUGGGACCCCCUCCCCCCCCCCCCCCCACCCUUGGCAGGGCCUCAUAUUGAGGUACGAUUAUUUUUGUCACCAAAAUACCCAGUGAAAGUCGUGAAGAGAGUCGAAAUUAUUAUUAUUAUUUCUAUUUUUCAGGGAACUGGACCACGCCAUGCUACGUCGACUAGAAAAACGAAUUCUGGUUGAUCUUCCUAACCCGGAAGCCAGGGAAGCGAUGUUGAAGCAAUACCUACCGCCUUUGAUACACUCAGUAGAAGGAAGUGUGGAGAUUAAAACCGAGAUCGACUAUGAACAACUAGCAACGGUAUGAUUCACCCUUAUGCCACAAAUAGGCCUUUUCCAAGUUGCCAAAGCCUCUGUUUCAAAGCGAGGCUAAGUGUGAAGCCACUGAUUUGAGAAUGAUUGUUCAAGCAAAUAACUCAUUUUCACUGAAAAUGAGUUAUUUGCUUGAACAAUCAUUCAUCAUUCAUCAAUCAGAAAGGCUUUGCGCGUAGCCUCCUCUUCAAAGUGAGAGUUUUUGGAACUCAGAAAUGGCCUAUUGGAAGAAACUUAUUUUAUGAACUAAUCAGUGCUGGAGUCGUACAUAAAAUAAACAUACCCGGUGCGAAGCGCGGAAUAGCUAUUGGACGCAAUGGAUCAGCGUAAAUUUGGUGUCUUUUCUGACUGGUCGAAAAAGCGUCGCAAAUUUUUUUAUCCAGUCAUCUAGUUAAGUGGUUCCAAAUUGAGUCAACUGCAAAACUACUCUCGGUGCUCAUUUGUAGACUACUAAAAAAGCAAAAACACAAACAAACAAAACAAAAACCUGCGAAACAUUACCUAGCAAUCACACUUUGUUCACGUCUACUGUCAGAAAAAAAAACGAUUUUGUUCAAGUGACGUCUGCUGAAAGGUAAGAGGGAUGUUUUGGCAUAAGUUAAACUUUCUGUGACCUUGUUUGUUUGUGCAUUGCUUAUUAGAGAAAUUCAGAAUCAAUUUACGAACGUCAAUUUGCACCAAGUCAUCACAACAUUCAUUAUUUGUACACAAAAUAAGAUUCAAGUCUAAGAACGACUUUGAGCAGUUUUUAUCAGCUCAUAUUCUAAUCUUAGUAAAUUAGAACCUGAAUGUGACGUUUGCCAUAAGCGUAAUUCCAAAUACCUCUCUCAUUUUUAGCGCACCGAUGGAUACUCUGGGUCAGACAUAAGACUUCUUUGUAAAGAAGCGGCCAUGAGAAAAGUGAGAAAAAUAUUUGAUCUGUUGGAAAGUCACCAAGCAGGUGGGCAUGAAAUUGUUUGCAAGAGAGGAUCGUCUCUUAGUUGUUUGUCAGUCUUAAUUCCUUUUUUUGUUGUUGUUAAUUUUUUUUUCUUUGUGUAGUUUUGCGAACAGCAAGGAGGGAUGUAUAAUGUUACUUUGAGAAGAGGGUUUGGCUGUUGAUAAAAUAUUUUUAAAAAUAUUUUUAUCCCGUUUAUUUAAGUGGACGAGGACGGACGAGCGACUCCGCUGCCCAGACUAGAAAUUGAGCCCGUGAGCACAGAAGAUGUAGAAGCAGCGUUGAAACAUACCAAGCCAUCCGCACGACAGCUCAAGGAUAAAUAUAAGGACUGGCAGAAGGAAUAUGAGUCCGUGUAGUAUUCGCUUCGUCGGCUUUGAAAUUAUUCAGGGUAAUCAUUGAGAGAACAGGUAGCCUGUGGAGAAAUCACCAUUUUUGUGCGAAAAAGGACUUUUGGCGGUAAUAAGCAAGAGUUGCAAGUCUCAGCGCACUAAUCGUAGACAUUAGGUGCUUUUUAGGGACUUCAACGCGAAGAGUGAGCGUGAUGUGAGCUUGAAGAGUGAGAUGCUUUGAACGUGAAGAGUGAACGCAGGAAGCUGGUUCAAAUUUCAUCCCCUAUAACUAUCCCAUAGUGCAAUUCGAGAUAACCCAGUCUCACUGCGACCUACGAAUGACCAAUGAAUGAAUGACCAACAAGAUAUGCUUCUGUUUGGUCGGCUGUCCCUUG